AUGGAGAGUCAGGUCGAGAAUGCCGUCGAGAUUCUGUCGAAUCCCGCUUCCGAUCCGUCGGUGAAAGAGCAAGCAUUUGAAUAUUUGAACCAGCUGAGGAGCGACCCGCAAGGAUGGCAGGCGUGUACGAAUCUAUUCUCUCGAAUCCCCCGAACGUCCGAGGUCGUGCGCAUGGUAUGUCUUGAGGUUGUCAACUUUGCGGUCCAUACACAGGGCCUCGAUGGAGAGAGCCUCGCUUUUCUCAAACAUACCUUGCUGCAAUAUGUCCGCCAGGCCUAUGGCGCGGGUGCUCAGCAGGAUCCAGAUCCCGCUCACCUCCAGAAUAAGCUCACGCAGACCUUGACAUACCUUUUCGUCUUCCUCUACCGUGACGGCUGGCAGAGCUUCGUCGACGAUUUCCUCGACUUGACCGGGCUCCACCAGAACGUCGACAAUGUGGCUGGUGUGCUUUUCUACCUGAGGGUCCUGUCAUCUGUGCACGACGAGAUUGCAGAUAUGCUUCUGUCACGGGAGAGCGGCGACUCGAAGCGAAACACGGAACUCAAGGACCAGCUGCGUGCUCAGGACAUGCAGAAAGUUGCCGAGUCAUGGAAGCAGUUGCUUUCCAGGUACAGCGGAAACGACAUCGUUGUUGAUCUUGUCUUGAAAGUUCUCGGCAAGUGGGUUAGCUGGAUGGACAUAUCACUAGUCGUCAGCCACGACAUGCUUAACCUGCUGUUACCCGUCGUUGGGCGGACCGGCAGUGAGGAUAAGGUGCGAGAUACUGCUAUCGAUACCCUCACCGAGAUUUGUGGCAAGAAAAUGCGGUCAGCAGACAAGAUGGAAAUGAUAUCGUUCCUUAAUCUGCAAGAUAUUGUGAGCCAGCUGGUUGCCAGCCCCAUGCUCAACGACUUAAAGGGCACCCCACAAUACGACACGGAUCUCGCCGAGGCCAUUGCAAAGCUUGUAAACACCACAGUGGCGGAUAUUAUAAGAGCUCUUGACGAUAAUCAGGCCAACGACGAAACACGGACGCGGGCCAAGCAACACUUGGAUGGCUUUCUCCCCCUACUUUUACGAUUCUUCUCCGACGAAUAUGACGAAGUGUGUUCGACUGUUAUCCCGUCAUUGACUGACCUCCUUACUUUCCUUCGAAAAUUGGGGCAACUCAACCAAGAAUAUUCCAACAUGCUGUCGCCAAUACUGAAUGCAAUUAUUCGAAAAAUGAGAUAUGACGAGACAACAUCAUGGGGAAAUGAGGACGAGCAAACUGACGAGGCGGAGUUUCAAGAACUCAGGAGGCGGCUGCAGUAUCUCCAGAAAACCAUCGCGGCCAUCGACCAGAGCCUAUACAUGGACGUACUGAGCAACCUGGUGGCGACUACUUUUCAAUCGCUGGACCAAGCAGGAUCGCAUAUGGAUUGGCGGGACCUCGACCUUGCGCUGCACGAGAUGUACCUCUUUGGAGAGCUUGCGUUACCGAAUCAGGGACUCGGCACCAAGAACCAACCGUCUUCUGAAGCCUCAGAACGGCUGGUGGUGAUGAUGCAGAAAAUGGUCGAAUCUGGAAUCGCAAAUUUCUCCCAUCCCGCAAUUCUUCUCCAAUACAUGGAAAUUUGCGUCCGAUAUUGUGCCGUUUUUGAGUCCCAUUCCCAGUACAUUCCCCAAGUCUUGGAGAAUUUCGUGCGUCUAGUCCACCAUAACCAUGUGCGUAUCAAGACUCGGUCGUGGUACCUUUUCCACAGAUUCAUCAAGCAGCUUCGGUCUCGCGUAGGAAACGUCGCCGAAACCGUCAUACAGUCGAUUGGAGAUUUGCUGCCCAUCAAGGCCGAAGUGCCUGGAGAGGAUGCAGAUGAUGACAUGUCGUCAGACGAGUCCGAUCAUUCAGCGGAUGCUCUUUUCACUAGUCAGCUCUACCUCUUCGAGGCUAUUGGAUGUAUCUCUUCUACGCAUAGCACACCAGCGGAAAACCAGGCAUUGUAUGCACGAUCGGUAAUGGAUCCUCUGUUCCAGGAUAUGGAGGUCCAUCUUCCUCGGGCCAAGGGGGGCGAUGCACAGGCAACUUUGCAGAUCCAUCAUAUCGUCAUGGCACUGGGAACGCUUGCUCAUGGCUUUUCCGACUGGACUCCAGGAUCCAGCGCAUCAAAUCCGCAUGGGCCACCGGACAAGCUUGUCUCUGACGAGUUUUCUCGCGCAGCCGAGGCAAUCCUCAUUGCACUUCGUGAGCUGAACUCAUCAGCAGAAAUCAGGACGGCUUGCAGAUCUGCGUUUUCUAAACUUCUGGGUGUAUUGGGUGCUGCCGUUCUCCCGCAGCUUCCAAAGUGGAUUGAAGGAUUGCUCUCACAAAGCUCAUCCAAAGAUGAGAUGGCCAUGUUUUUACGCCUCUUGGACCAGGUGGUGUUUGGGUUCAAGUCAGAAAUUUACGAUGUUCUCAACAUGUUGCUGACACCACUACUCCAGCGCAUCUUUGGAGGACUUGGAGAGCCCAUCUCUGGCACGGAUGACGAGAUACAGCUGGCAGAGCUUAGGCGAGAAUACCUCUCCUUCAUCCAAAUCAUCUUAAACAACGGGCUGGAGGGAGUUCUUAUCAGCGAGGCAAAUCAAGGCUUCUUUGAGCCAAUGAUUGCUUCUGUCCUCGAGUUGGCAAAGACCUUGGACGGAAAUCUUGGCCCGAGCCGACUGGCCUUUACCAUCAUGGCUCGAAUUUCUUCUCUUUGGGGCGGUCCCGAUGUAGCCACCAUCUCACGAGAGCCGACGGCGCCAACUGGCAAUCCCAACCCGGCUAUCCCUGGAUUCGAUCACUUCAUGAUGGAUAGGUUCCAUUCCACGUGCUGGGAGGUGAUGCGGAAUCCCAGCUUCAAGCCGUCCACCGACGCUCAGACAAAGCAAGUUCUGACGGAAAUCGCGGCAUUGGAGCAAACUAUAUAUACCAAAACAGGAGACAUGUUCAUCCGACAGAUGCAGAACGAAGUUUUCCCCAGCUUGGGGAUCAACGGCGAUGACUUUUUGCGAUCCUUGACAACCUCAACGGACAAGAGGCAGUUCUCGACUUUCCUCCAGCAGCUACUAAACAGCCGGUAA